AUGCGGAACUCGCGUCCAAUUCUAUCAACUUAAGUAAAGUAUAGAAGUAUAGAUAGAUAGAUAUUUUCGAGAGAGAUCACAGCAGCAGUCCACACAAGGAUUUUUUUUUCUUUUUUGAUAAAUAGUCCACACAAGAACUUGUCGUCGGGUCGUGGAUUUGGACUCGAAAUGGAGGGAAAUUCGGAUUUCGGCGUGAACUCGCCUUUGCUGGAGGCGAACGGAAGUCCAAGAAAGACGACUCGUGAAGACGGAAAGCGAGGAGGCGACCUGAGUCCGCGUAACUCGAUGAACUUUCUGAGGAACGAGUUUGUUUCGCGAUUGCCUGAUAAGGUUCGCUCGUCUCUCGAUGUCGAAUCUCCUUAUCAUAUCAAUAUCUCCAAAGCCAACAGCCUUAGCGAAGUUCUGCUUUCUCAUCAAGAGAUUGGGCACCACUGCAGUUCAUGCUUGAAACUAGUGAGUUAUUUUAUAGGAGAGAAGGAAUACUAUGAGAAACAAUUUUCUACUCUGAAAUCCUUUGAGGAAGUUGAUUCUUUGGUAACAUCCGGGUGCAUUGAGGAGGAUGAUUCCGAAGAACAAGUGCAAGCUGAGAGAGCCAUGAAAAUCUCCAAUUAUGCCAAUAUCGUACUUCUGGCACUUAAGAUCUAUGCUGCAAUAAGGAGUGGAUCAAUAGCAAUUGCUGCAUCAACUUUGGACUCUUUACUUGAUCUCAUGGCUGGUGGCAUACUAUGGUUAACACAUCGUUCAAUGAAGAGCAUAAAUAUCUAUAAAUAUCCAAUAGGAAAAUUGAGAGUGCAACCGGUGGGUAUAAUUAUAUUUGCUGCAGUCAUGGCUACACUUGGAUUUCAAAUAUUAAUCCAGGCUGUAGGGCAACUAAUUGAAGACAAACCUUCUGAAAAGAUGUCCGCAAAUCAGUUGGGGUGGUUGUGCUCAAUCAUGAUUAUUGCUACUGUGGUAAAGCUUGCCCUCUGGUUUUACUGCAGAAGCUCUGGGAACAGUAUUGUCCGUGCCUAUGCAAAGGAUCACUAUUUUGAUGUGGUAACAAAUGUAGUAGGACUAAUUGCAGCCAUUCUCGGUGAUAUAAUCUAUUGGUGGAUUGAUCCAGCUGGUGCUAUUAUUCUCGCGAUUUACACAAUUGCAAAUUGGUCUGAGACUGUAAUGGAAAAUGCAGUUUCACUAGUGGGACAGUCAGCGCCCCCUGAAGUUAUGCAGAAAUUGACUUAUCUUGUGAUAAGACACCCUCAAGUGAAGCGGAUUGAUACUGUCCGAGCAUACACCUUUGGUGUUCUUUAUUUUGUAGAGGUGGAUAUUGAACUUCCAGAAGAUCUACCUUUAAAAGAGGCUCAUGCAAUUGGAGAAACUUUGCAGGAGAAAAUAGAGAAACUCCCGGAAGUUGAGCGAGCAUUUGUUCAUCUUGAUUUUGAAUGUGAGCACACACCAGAGCAUUCUGUUCUCAGCCGGCUGCCCAACAGUUAGCGGUAUUGUUCUUCUUGUGUUGUCUUGUUGCACAUAACACCGGCAUUUUAUAUAUCUGCUAUCAUAUGUAAUGCGAUAAAUUGUUUUCAUUGCAAAUUUUUUUACUUCUUGCCC